AGUACCGGUCUCCCGCUCAGACAGAGCAGCGCCCCGGCGGAGUGAUACGGUUCAGUCAGUCGAUCGAUGACAGAGCGGUACCGCGCUGCCUCUGCUGCUACCCCUGAAUACCCACUAUAGCCCACAUAUGUCUACACAAUCAGCUAUGGGGAUCACUGUCUGCAUCGCCGACGCCUGUUGGUACUCGAUGCUGUAGAUGCAGAAUCAACAGGAAUGGCGUCUGCUGAUCUGAGACAGGAGCUGGACUGUUCCAUCUGCCUGACAAUUUAUACAGAUCCUGUAACCCUGAGAUGUGGCCACAACUUCUGCCGGGGCUGUAUUGCUGGUGCGCUGGAUGCAGAGGAGGGGUCUGGAGUAUAUAGCUGUCCUGAGUGCAGAGAAGAGUUUCCGGAGCGUCCUGCUCUGAUACGGAACAUAACUCUGUGUAACAUAGUGGGGAGGUUCUGGUCUACUCUGCCAGAUCAGGAGGAGACUGGGAUCAUCUGCACUUACUGUAUUCACUCUCUUGUACCUGCUGUUAAAUCCUGUCUGAUGUGUGAGGCUCAUCUGUGUGAUAAUCACCUGAGGCUACACAGCAAGUCACCAGAACACGUCUUAUCUGAUCCCACCGCUGCUCAGGGGAACAGUAAAUGCUCCAUCCAUAAGAGGGUCCUGGAGUAUUACUGCACUGAGGAUGAUGUCUGUAUCUGUGAGUCCUGUUGUCUGAUUGGGGAACACAGUGCACACAAGCUGGAGUCACUGGAUGAGGCCUCUGAGAAGAGGAAGGACAAACUGAGAGAUGUUCUACAGAAACUGAGCACAAACAUAGCAGUUGCUGAGAAACGCGUCCAGAGUCUGCAGGAGCGCAGGAGAGAAGAUAAGGAAAAAGCAACAGGUGUAACAGAGAGAGUCACUGCCCUGUUUAGAGACAUGAGGAGACAGUUGGAGGACCUGGAGAAAAAAGAAUUCAAUUGUAUCUUCUGGCAGGAAGAGCGAGCUUCACUCUCCGUUUCUGAUCUGACCCGGAAGCUGGAAAUAAAGAAGGAAGAGCUGUCCAGGAAGAUGCGUCACAUUGAGGAUCUGUGUAACGUGUCUGAUCCAGUGACUGUCUUACAGGAACCAGACACAGGGGACUUGUGUGAUAAUGAGGACAGGAAGAGACAUUAUACCGAGGUCCAUUAUGGAGUAGAUCUGGAUGUGGAUCACACCUUAUGGACAUUACCCAGAAUGUCUAAUAUAAUAACAAGUGUAAAGAAAGGGGUCUAUAUGGAGGAAGCUACAGACAUAUUCCUGGAUGGAACCACAGCUGGUUGUAAUAUACUUGUAUCAGGUGAUGGGAAAUCUGCAUGGGUAAAACGAAAUAGACUUCAAUCUCAAAUAAUAACCACCAGUGGAUUCACUUCAGGGCGACAUUGCUGGGAUGCAGAGAUCCGUAAUACAUCGAGCUGGAGGGUGGGGAUGUGUUACCCCACUAUAGAGAGUAAAGGACGUCAGUCAUACAUAGGUGAGAAUGAUGAGUCUUGGUGUUUGCGUGGGCACAAUUAUCGGUACUCAGUGAUGCAUGAUGGUAUAGAGAUCCGCUUACCUGAGCUUACCCUCUGUGAGCGAGUGAGGAUAGUUGUGGAUUACGAUGCAGGACAUCUGUCAUUUUAUUCUGUGUAUUUGUCCUCCACCAGACACUUGCACACCUUCAACACCACCUUCACUGAUCACCUUCAUGCAGCAUUAUGGCUAUUGAAAGGGAAUAUAACUAUAUCUAGGGUAAAGUCAGGAGCGGAGAUAGAUGUGUAGGCUUACAUUCAUUUCUUUGGCCCAAACCGAGAUCCUUUGUAAGGUUUGGAAAAGCAGGAUGUGCGGGAUUACGUGCAAGGCCAGAUUUUCAUUUACAGUGUCUGUUCAAAUAUAACAUGUUCAAAUAGAACUAUUGAUGUAUUUAAAAAAAAAAAGUAGAAAAGAAUGUUAAUUAUAAAACAAAAUACAAUUAAAAGUUAAUAACAGAACAUUUGUUCAACUGUGAGUUAUAUACUGUAUAGUAUUCUUUGUAUAGUUAUAUUGUAUGUUGGCAGCCUGAUGAUUAAAGAACUCCAAACCUCUCUA